AUGGCAGCCGUGCUCCCGACAGCCUGGCCCCAGAAGUCGGUGACCUUUGAGGAUGUGGCUGUGCACUUCACCCCAGCGGAGUGGGGCGGUCUGUCCCCCGCCCAGAGGGCCCUGUACAGGGACGUGAUGCUGGAGAAUUUCGGGAAUGUGGCCUCGCUGGGAUUUCCACUUGUCAAACCGGCUGUGAUCUUACAACUGGAGGGAGGAGGUGAGCUGGAGGGCCCAUCUCCACUGGCUGCUGAAACAGGCACAGACCUUCCAGGCCUCUGGACUGAUAUUGAUAUCCAGGCUGACAAUAAUAUGACAAAGGAAAUGAACAAAGAAAAACAUAAUACAUCAUUUGUACCUCAGGGGGACCUUUCCCAGGAAACAGACUUCUCAGAAGCCUAUAUUCUAGAAAAACAGCAGCAGGAGGUCCAUCUAGUAGUAAGUGUGAAGAGAGAAAACAGCAGUGUCAUUGGCGGAACAGUGAAAGAUGACACAAGCCUCACGGGGGAGGGUUUGUUUAGUCAGAGUCCAAACUUGAAUCAGUGUAAUACCAUCAUCACCCCUGGAGAGGAGCCCCCUGAGUGUACUGGAUUGAAGAAAUCCUUAAGCUUUGACACAAAACGUAUCCAUCAUGAAAUAAGCAAUUCCAGGGAAACACCAUUUGAAUGUGAAGAAUUAGUGGAAAUCUUUAAGUAUAACCCUCAACUUAAUCAUCAUCGAGACAGCUACCUUGGGGAGAAGCCCUAUCAGUGUAAGGAUUGUGGCAAAGCCUUUAGUGUCAAUGCAAAAUUAAUUUGUCAUCAAAGAAUUCAUACUGGGGAGAAGCCCUUCAAGUGUAUGGAGUGUGGGAAAAGCUUCAGUUGCAGUUCCAAUUACAUUACACAUCAGACAGUCCACAGUGGGGAGAAGCCCUUUCAGUGUAAGGUGUGUGGAAAAGCCUUCCGUAUUAAAGGGAGUCUAAGCAGGCACCAGCGAAUCCAUACAGGAGAGAAGCCUUAUCAGUGCAAGGAGUGUGGACAUGGCUUCAUCUGCAGUAAUGCAUAUAUCACACAUCAGAGAGUCCACACUGGGGAGAAACCUUAUGAGUGUAAUGACUGUGGAAAAGCUUUCAGUGUUAACGCAAAAUUGAUUCAACACCGGAGAAUCCACACCGGAGAAAAACCUUAUAAGUGUAAUGAGUGUGGGGAAGGCUUCAGGUGCAGUUACCAGCUCAGGCGUCAUCAGAGCAUCCACAUUGAAGGGAAACCCUGUCAGUGUAAGGAGUGUGGAAAAGCCUUCAGUAAUAAUAGAAAUCUCACUCGGCAUCAGAGAAUCCACACUGGUGAGAAGCCCUAUGAGUGUACUGCAUGUGGAAAAGCCUUUCGUGUCAAAGGGAAGUUAAUCCAGCACCAAAGAAUCCACACCGGUGAGAAGCCCUAUAAGUGUGAUGAAUGUGGAAAAGCCUUCAUAGGUAACUCCCACCUUCGACGGCAUCAGCGAAUCCACACUGGAGAGAAGCCCUAUGAGUGCAAUGAGUGUGGAAAGGCCUUCAACAUCAAUGCAAAACUAAUGCAGCAUCAGAGGAUUCACACUGGGGAGAAACCCUUUGAAUGUGAUGAGUGUGGAAAAUGCUUUGUUUGUAAAAGAAAUCUGCUUGAUCAUCACCGAAUACACACUGGAGAAAAACCUUUCCAAUGUAAAGAAUGUGGGAAAGCCUUCAGCCUCAAUGCCAAACUAACUAGGCAUCAGAGAAUACACACUGGGGAGAAACCUUUCAAAUGUAUGGAAUGUGAGAAAGCCUUUAGCAUUAGUUCUGAAUAUAUUGUACAUCAGAGAAUCCACACUGGAGAAAAGCCCUUUCAGUGUAAGGAGUGUGGAAAAGCCUUCCACGUUAAAGCCCUCUUAAUUCGGCAUCAGAGAAGCCACACUGGGGAGAAGCCCUUCAGAUGUGUGGAGUGUGGCAAAGGCUUUAGCAAUAGUUCUGACUGUAUUAUACAUCAGACUGUCCACACUUGGAAGAAACCCUAUGUGUGCAAUGUGUGUGGGAAAGCCUUCAGGUUUAGCUUCCAACUUAGUCAGCAUCAGAGUGUCCAUGGUGAAGGAAAAUCCUAA